UCUAAUUCGAACAGAGGAAAAAUUCUCCAGAGAAAAUUCGAGUGGAAAAACGCCAUUAGUGGGCCGCCAAGAUGCUGUCCAUGCUCCAGGAGAAGCGGCCGCUGAAGCGCACCCGCCUGGGGCCUCCGGACAUCUAUCCGCAGGACGCGAAGCAGCGCGAGGACGAGCUGACGCCUACCAAUGUAAAACACGGCUUCACAACGACGCCGCCGCUGUCUGACGAGUUUGGGACAGCCCACAACUCGAAUGUGAACGCCAGCAAGGUAAGUGCCUUCUUCAGCGGCGUGUUGGCCAAGAAGGAGGAACUAAUGACGCUGCCAGAUACGGGUCGCAAAAAGCAGCAAAUCAACUGCAAAGACAACUUCUGGCCCGUGUCGCCGCGACGCAAGUGCACAGUGGAUGCCUGGUUCAAGGACCUGGCUGGCAACAAGCCCCUCCUCAGCCUGGCCAAGCGGGCGCCCUCCUUCAACAAGAAGGAGGAGAUCUUUAUUACACUGUGCGAGAACCAGGUGAACAUGCAACGUGCCACCUGGUUCAUAAAGCUGAGCGCCGCCUACACGCUAAGCUUCACCGAGUCGAAGAACAAGAAGCGCAGCAUCUACGACCCAGCCGCCGAGUGGACGGGCAACAUGAUCAAGUUCAUGAAAGAGUUGCUGCCCAAGCUCCAGGAAUACUACCAACAGGCGCACAGCGACAAGAAUACGACAAAUGGCAGCACUCCAGGUAGCUUGACCGCCGUUGGAGCCGGUAGUGGGAGUGCUGGCACCAACGGUACCUCGGUCAAUAGCUCCGGCAAUAGCUCCGGCUGCAGUGCUCCGACAAACGUUAUUCCAGUCCCCAGCAUGGCUAGCCCUUUGCCACCGAUACACAGUCCGGCAAAUGGCCAGCAGGCCGGAGCUGGCGGCGUAGUUGGAUCAGGAAGUGGUAUCCUACCGGCGACGGGAGCCCUAGGAGGAGGACCAGCAGUCGGUGGUGGCGUUAGCGGUGCCGGGACAUCAGUGGUCGGUGUCGGGAGCGCCACAGGUGUGGGAGCUACUGUGCCGCCCGGCUCCAGUAUAUCGGGUAUCGGGAGCCAGUUCGAGGACAGCCGGAACGCCCUUAAGUACUGGAAGUACUGCCAUCAGCUGAGCAAGUACAUGUACGAGGAAUCACUGCUGGACCGCCAGGAGUUCCUCAACUGGAUACUCGACCUUUUGGAUAAGAUGCGUACACAGGCGAGCUUUGACGAGCCACUAAAGAAGCUGGUGCUUAGCUUCGCCCUUCAGUAUAUGCACGAUUUCGUGCAGUCGGAGCGGCUCUGCCGGAAGAUGGCCUACAUAGUGUCCAAGAAACUAGCCCAGUUGCUCAACACAGCCGUGGAGCAGCAGGCCAUCAAGGAGCUGGAAGAGCACAAGCUACAGCAGCAGCAGCCGCACGAACACCACCACGAUCCCUAUGAGCUGGCGCUGCAGGAGCAAAUGAGUUGUCCGCAUCACCGGGAUAUAGUGCUCUACCUGAGCACCAUUCUUCAGAUCAUCACCAUCGAGUGCCCCACGGCCCUGGUGUGGAGCGGAAUAGCAGCACACCGAGCACCUUCCUCGCUGCUGGGCAGUCCGCUGGACCACCUGCCGCUGGCACCGUCCGUGCUACCAAUGCCCACGCGUUGUCCGCGAACCAACCAGGAAAUAAGGCGGCAGCUGCGCGCGGCCGAGUCGGACAUUGUGUUGCGCACCCAGCACGCGGAGCAGCGCUGGUUCGCCGCCAAGUGGCUGAGUGCGGGCAAGAACCACUACACCAGCGUUUUGGCCACGCUGGACCGCUUGGACACGCACUGCUUUGACCGCAUGGAACACAACAACAGCAUAGACACCCUCUACGCGCACAUCUUUCCCAGCACCAGCGCCGCCAGUCGACGGCGCGAAGAGGAGCAGCAAGACUCGCAGCAGCAACAGAUGCGUCCGGCCUAUGAGCCCAAGCAGGACAAGGACACGGUGCGUAUUCUGUGCGAGUGGGCUGUCUCCGGCCAGAGGUGGGGUGAGCACCGGGCCAUGGUGGUGGCCAUUCUGCUGGAUAAGCGCCAGAUCGACGUUACCAGCACUCCGGCUGACCAGCAAUCCAGCGACAAGGAGGACAAGGACUCGCUGGCCUCAGGAGCCGGCCUGAUUGAUGGCUUGCCCGUGUUUCAGCACGUCCUGAUGAACUUCCUCGACCACGAUGCCCCCAUUUUGGACGAGCACUCGAGCAGCAGUCAGCAACGAACCGAGUUCACCAAUCUCGUUCAGCUGUUCAGCGCCUUGAUCCGUCACGAUGUGUUCUCGCACAACGCUUACAUGCAUACGCUCAUAUCGCGGGGAGAUCUUCUGCUGGAGUCCGUCCUGGUCAGCAAGUCGGUCACAACGGCGACAAAGACCUCGCCACCGCCGCCGGCUCCGCCACCAACGACACAUGGCUUCGACGACGACGGCUUCGGCGGGGGCAUUGAUUUCAAGCACAACGAGUACGACGACUCCAAUGUGGACGACGAUCUAGACAAGCUGGUGCAGAAUAUCAAAGAGAAGGGUCAGCAGCACGAGGCGCCGGACAGCCCUAAGAUCGGACCGUCGCCGGUCGAUGGAGACACCAGCACAGGAGCUGGUACCGGCACCGGCACUGGCGGCAGCAUUUCGCGCCACUACGUGUACACCAAACACUUUCCCAUUCCGCAGGACGACCCCAGCAUGAGCAGCUACAGCAGCGAAAGCAACCAGCGCUAUAUCUUACUCUUCGGUGUCGGCAAGGAGCGCGACGAGAAGAAGCACGCCGUGAAGAAGAUGUCUAAGGAAAUUGGCAAAUUGUUCAAAAAAUUCAGCAUCGACGUGGCCGCCGCCGGACAUGUGAAGAAGCACUCGCGCAACGAGUUCAACUUCGAGGCCACCACGUCCAAGUGCCAGCAGAUGGCCUACUUCGACCAGCACGUGGUCACCGCCCAAUGUGCAGCCAACGUUCUGGAGCAGCUCAACGGCUUUGCCCUGGGUAACAACAACUAUCUCCCGGUGCAGGAGCACGUGGCCUUCCUCUUUGACCUAAUGGAGCUGGCCCUUAACAUCUACAGCUUGCUGGAGCUGUGCGACAGCCUGCUAAAGGAGCUGCCCGAGGUGGAGCACCAGCUGCAGUCGAAGAAAUCCAAUCUCGUACGCAGCUAUACCACCUCGCUGGCCCUCUAUAUCGUCAGCAUUCUCAGGCGCUACCACAGCUGCCUGCUGCUCUCGCCGGAGCAGACUCUGUCUGUGUUUGAGGGCGUCUGCCGCACAAUCCGGCACGUGACCAAUCCCAGCGAAUGCUCGUCUGCAGAGCGCUGCAUCAUCGCCUACCUGAGCGACCUGCACGAGUCCUGCGUCCUACUGCAGGGCAAGGAACAAUCCACGGAGUACUACCAGCAAUUGCAGUGCAUCAAGCGCUUCAAGGAUAUCUUCAAUACGCCCGAGCAACUAAGCCUACCGCCGCAAGGCUAUAAUCCCCAGUUGCUGCAGGAGCUGUUCAUGGCUCCUCGGCGUGGUGGUAAGCUGGAUCCACACUGGCUAGGAACGCUGCACGAGUCACCGGCAAACGUCUACAGCUUCGUUUCUAACGCCCUGAUCGCUGUAUGCCGCGAGACGGACAACGAGAGGCUGAACGAUGUGGCUCUGGCCUGUGCCGAGCUCACGGCCAGCUGCAACGUGCUGUCCGAGGAGUGGAUCGCUGCGCUGCAGAGCCUGUGCAGCGGCAGCAAGAGCCCCCGGUAUCCACACCUCGGUGGUCAGGUGGACAUUGGCCAGGGCAAGACGCACAACGCUUUGGCCGUCUUCGUGUGCAUUCUAGUGGCCAGGCACUGCUUCUCACUGGCGGACUUUGUCAGCAAAUUCGCUCUGCCGACCCUAGCACGAUCGGUGAGCGCUGGUGGUGCCGAGUUAAGCGUGGACGCAGAAGCUGGGGCGAGACUUACCUGUCACUUAGUGCUGAAGCUGUUCAAGACGCUGGAGAUCCCGCAACCCGGUAUGUAUUCAGUGAGCACGUCGCCCAAUCCCCUGCACGCUGUGGGAAACAACGACUUUAGUAUUCGGCUGAGCUGCGACCGCCACCUACUGGUGGGGGCACACAAGACCAUUCCCAUAGCCGCUGUUCUGGCUGUGCUCAAGGCCAUUCUCAUUGUGGUGGACAAUGCGGCGCUCAAGACUCCCCUAGCCGCUGGCAGUGGAUCCUCUUCCUCGUCGGCUGGAGGUGCCUUUGGCAGCGGCAAGCGCAGCGGCGGCUUUAACACCCCGGUACAUCCCGGUAGCACGCCGAAGAGCAACGAACAGCGACCGGCCGAUCUCAGCCAGAUCCUCGGCACCAGUGAUCUUCAGCUGGGCAGUAGUCUAACCAGCGAGCCGGAAUCGUUGCAACCGCAGCCAUCCAGUGGCGGUCUGGAGCAGAUAUCCCUGCUGGAGUUCGCCCAAGCCGUACUCAAACAGAUCUGUGCUCAGGAACAUGUCCUCGAGCGCUGUCUCAAGAACGCCGAGCAGCUUUGCGACAUGAUCAUCGACGAAAUGUUAACGGCCAAGCAAGCGCAACGCGUGCUGCACAUGAUAUGUUAUCCGGAGGCAGAGUUUAACAUCAUAUCCGAGCUGGAUCAGCGUUCGAUGAUCGUCCGCAUUCUGGAGAACCUGGGCCAGUGGACCCUCCGGAUCUCCUGGCUGGAUCUGCAGCUCAUGUAUCGCCAAUCGCUGAGCAACAACGCAGAGCUAAACGUCUGGCUGGAUACAGUGGCCCGGGCUGCCAUCGAUGUCUUUCACAUGGAGGAGGUCGUCCUGCCGGGUGCCCUGAAGGCGACGCAUAAGCCCAAGCCCUCCACUUGGCUGGUGGCACCGCUGAUCGCAAAGCUAACGCCGGCGGUGCAGGGCAGGAUACUGCGCGUAGCUGGCCAGGUGCUGGAAAGCAUGAAUUACUUCUCCAAGGUGUCAAAAUCUGAUUGUAACAGCUCGGGAAGCGGCGACGAGCGCGAGAAGAGCAACAGCUGCCACAGCAGCAACAGUUACGGCCUGGGUGGCGUAGCGGCGCGCAACAAGAAGAUGCCGCUCAACUACCAGCCCUUUCUGGGACUUAUCCUCACCUGCCUAAAGGGUCAGGACGAGUACAAGGAGAAUCUCUUGGUCUCUCUCUACGCCCAGCUCUCCCAGUGUCUGCAGUCCUUUGCCGAGCUGGACACGAUUGGAGGUAUCGAUGAACCCCAAGCACGGGAGGAGAUCCUGGAUGCCCUGCAGCUGCGCUUCUCACUGGUAGGUGGCAUGUUUGAGGCCAUUCAAAAGAACAGCACGCCGACCACCGACUGGGCCAUUCUGCUGGCACAACUAGUGUGCCAGGGCGUUGUGGACCUCAGCUGCAACCGAGAGCUCUUCACCACCGUGGUGGACAUGCUGGCCACCUUGGUGCACUCAACACUGGUCUCCGACGACGAGCGGCACUACAUGAACCUGAUGAAGAAGCUGAAGAAGGAAAUUGGUGAGAAGAACAACGCCUCCAUCCGGGUCAUACGGCAGCUGCUGCCGCUCUACAAGCAGCCUACCGAGGUGAUUGCCUGCGAGCACGCCGGUAUGGACACUAAAGGCAACAAGAUUUGCGACAUGGACAAGAAGCAACUGCGCAUCUCGGAUAAGCAACGCAUAAGCGUGUGGGACAUCCUCGAGGGCCACAAGAACCCGGCUCCGCUUUCGUGGGUUUGGUUCGGUGCCGUGAAGCUGGAGCGGAAGCCCCUGACCUAUGAAGAGGCGCACCGCAAUCUCAAGUACCAUACGCACAGUCUGGUCAAACCCAGUAGCUACUACUAUGAGCCUUUGCCGCUGCCGCCCGAAGACAUUGAGCCUGUGCCGGAGAAGAUAUGCAUAAAGGACGAAAUGAAGGCGGACACGCCCUCGUCAGUUGAUCAGUCCCCCAGCGCCGUUGUCGGCGGCACAGGACGAGGUCGGGGCAAGGGCACUGGGACGCGGAAGCGGAAGCCCAAGAAUGCAAAGACUCCGCCUGUGCAGCAGCAGCAGCAACAGCCACAGCUGGCGCCCCAGCCCCAGCAGCCAUCAAAUGUUCAGCAACAGCAAAUGCAGCAACAGCAGCAACAGCAACAACAACAGCAGCAGCAGCAACAACUGCAACAGCAACAGCAAAUGCAGAACAAUCCCAUGGGUCAGAUGCCGAUGAAUAUGCCGAUGAACAUGCAACAGUUUGCGCCCAAUCCGAAUAACAUGAUGCAGCAGCAGAACGCCAUGAUGCAGCAACAGCAGCAGAUGCAACAGAUGGGCAACAACCAGCAACUGCAGCAGCAGUUGAACGUGGGUGGUGGCAAUGGACAGCAAAAUCCGCAAAUGAACUUCAUGCAGCAGGGACCGGGUGGCGGUGGCGGAGGCGGUGCGCCGCAAGGAGGAAUGCCUGGCCAGCAGCAGCAACAGCAAUGGCACAAUGCACCGCAGCAACAGCAACCGCCACAGUCGUACAUCAACCAGUACGCCCCGCACCAACAGGGAAUGCAACCUAAUCGCAUCGAGAGGCCGCCUUUGAAUGCAAACUCCAAGCAAGCUCUGUCCCAGAUGCUGCGACAGCGUCUGCCCUUCCAGCAGCAGCAACAGCAACAACAGGGGCCCGGCGGUGGUGGCGGCGUCUUCAACCCGAUGCAACAGCAACCGCAACCCUCGCAACAGCAACAGCAGCAGGUACCAGGACCACAGCAGCAGAUGAAUCCCAACCAGAUGCGGCAGCAGCAACAGAUGAAUCCCCAGCAGAAUCCGCAAGCUGUGGCCGCCUUCAAUGCCAUGCAGCAACAACAGCAGCAGAACGCCCAGCAACAGCAGCAAAUGAAUCCCAACCAGCAGCAGCAACAGCAGCAGUUCAUGCGCGCCGGCAACAUGCGACCCGGUAUGGCUCCAAACCAGAUGAACCAAAUGAAUAUGGGCGCCCAGGGCAUGCCGCAGAACCCGAUGAUGCAGCAACAAAUGUCGCAGGGCAUGGUGGGAAUGGUCAAUCCAAAUGGCAACCAAAUGAUGCAGGCCGGCGGCGGAGGCCAAGGCGGCAAUGGAGUCGGUGUUGGAGUCGGUGUGGGCGUGGUUGGAGGCGCCGUUGGGAACAAUCCCAACAUGGGCAUGGGCGGAAUGCCGCAGCAGGGAAUGAUGCAGCAGCAACAGCCCCAACAGCAGCCGCAGCAACAGGUGCAGUUCCAGAAUUUCCAGAAUCAAUACCAACAGCAGCAGCAGCAGCAGCAGGGUAUGCAGCAACAAGGCAAUGGAGCAGGCGUCGGCGUAGGAGUGGGCAUGACGCCCAACCAGCAGCAACAGCAGCAGGCCAACAUGAUGGGGAACUUCAAUCCGCAGCAGAUGCAGCAGGCGAACCGGAACAAUCCCGACUUCAUGGCGGUGGCAGCGGCUGCUCAACAGCAGCGCGGUGUUCCCGGCGGCAUGAUGGCUGGAAACAGGGGCCAGUAUAUGAACCAGGCACCCAACGUAACCAUGUCAAACAUGAUGGGUCCGGGACCAGGAGGACAAGUGGUUGGCGGUCAGGUGCCUCCGUACGCCAGGCAGCAGCCAGCGGGCGGUGGCAAGCCGGGUGUGCUCAACACGCAGCAACAGUUCCAGCAGCAGCAACAACAGCAGCUGAGGCACCAGCAAAUGAUGCAGAUGCAGGGAAUGGGCUCUGGACCGCAGCAGGCCGGCGUCGGUGCUGGUGGUGGCGGCGUCGGUGUCGGCGGCGGGGGUGGCAUGGUGCCACAGCAGCAGAGCAUGAACCAGCAGCAGACCCCGAACCUGGUGGCCCAGCUGCAAAGGCAGAAUAUGAUGGGCCAGCAGCAGCAGUAUCAGCCGCCGCCCUAUUAGAUCGUAGGACACACUCCUUAAUUGUAAGCUUACUUAGUUUUAAUCAUUUAUUUAUCUCAGAUGUAUU